UUUGGCCGCUCCGGAUCCAACCCCACUUCCAGGUUUUCUCCCGGCCCGGCCCAGCUUGCUCCCGCCUGUCUCCGGCCCCCCCGACGCCCGCCCCCUCUCCCCCCGAGUGCCGCCCGCUUGGCCAAGUUUGCGAGCGUCGCGGCGCACGCCGGCCAGUCAAUCAGCGACAGAGCUGAGAAGGGUACAGCCGCGCGGCGGAGGGCAGAGGCAACCGAGCCGAAUCCAGCCGAACGAGCGGACCAGCGCAGGGCAGCCGGAGCAGCGCGCAGCGAGCGCCUGCCGCUGCCCACACCCUCCGCGGUCCCCGCGGCGCCUGCUACCUUCCCCUCCUUCCCUGUGUCUCCGCCUCGCCGGCCGGCCACCUUGCCGGGUUCGCUUCCCCGCGGAACCCUGAGGUCACCGGCCCGCACCUCUGCUCCCUUGGGCCGCGCGCCGCCUCCACGCCCUCCUUCUCCUCUGGCCAGGCGCCUGGCACCGGGGACCGUUGCCUGACGCGAGGCCCAGCUUCACUUUUCGCCCCGCGUCUCCUCCGCCUGCUUGCCUCCUCCACAACUCCAACUCAUUCGCCCUCUAGCUCCACUCGCUAGUCCCUGACUCCGCCAGCCCUCGGCCGGCUGCCGUAGCGACGCUUCCCGUCCCGUCCCAAAGGUGGGAGUGCGUCCGCCCCGGCCCGCACCAUGGCACGGUUCGGCUUGCCCGCGCUUCUCUGCACCCUGGCGGUGCUCAGCGCCGCGCUGCUGGCUGCCGAGCUCAAGUCGAAAAGUUGCUCGGAAGUGCGACGUCUCUACAUGUCCAAAGGCUUCAACAAGAACGAUGCCCCCCUGCACGAGAUCAACGGCGAUCAUUUGAAGAUCUGUCCGCAGGGUUCUACCUGCUGCUCUGAAGAGAUGGAGGAGAAGUACAGCCUGCAAAGUAAAGAGGAUUUCAAAAGUGUGGUCAGUGAACAGUGCGAUCAUUUGCAAGCUGUCUUUGCUUCACGUUACAAGAAGUUUGAUGAAUUCUUCAAAGAACUACUUGAAAAUGCAGAGAAAUCCCUGAAUGAUAUGUUUGUGAAGACAUAUGGCCAUUUAUACAUGCAAAAUUCUGAGCUAUUUAAAGAUCUCUUCGUAGAGUUGAAGCGUUACUACGUGGUGGGAAAUGUGAACCUGGAAGAAAUGCUGAAUGACUUCUGGGCUCGCCUCCUGGAGCGGAUGUUCCGCCUGGUGAACUCCCAGUACCACUUUACAGAUGAGUAUCUAGAAUGCGUGAGCAAGUAUACGGAGCAGCUGAAGCCCUUUGGAGAUGUCCCUCGCAAAUUAAAGCUGCAGGUUACUCGUGCAUUUGUAGCAGCCCGUACUUUUGCUCAAGGCUUAGCGGUUGCCGGAGAUGUUGUGAGCAAGGUCUCCGUGGUAAACCCCACAGCCCAGUGUACCCACGCUCUGUUGAAGAUGAUCUACUGCUCCCACUGCCAGGGUCUCGUGACAGUGAAGCCAUGUUACAACUACUGCUCAAACAUCAUGAGAGGCUGUUUGGCCAACCAAGGGGAUCUCGAUUUUGAAUGGAACAAUUUCAUAGAUGCUAUGCUGAUGGUGGCAGAGAGGCUAGAGGGUCCUUUCAACAUUGAAUCAGUUAUGGAUCCCAUCGAUGUGAAGAUUUCUGAUGCUAUUAUGAACAUGCAGGAUAAUAGUGUUCAAGUGUCUCAGAAGGUUUUCCAGGGAUGUGGACCCCCCAAGCCCCUCCCAGCUGGACGGGUUUCUCGUUCCAUCUCUGAAAGUGCCUUCAGUGCUCGCUUCCGACCACACCACCCCGAGGAACGCCCAACCACAGCAGCCGGCACUAGUUUGGACCGACUGGUUACUGAUGUCAAGGAGAAACUGAAACAGGCCAAGAAAUUCUGGUCCUCCCUUCCGAGCAAUGUUUGCAAUGAUGAAAGGAUGGCUGCAGGAAACAGCGAUGAGGAUGACUGCUGGAACGGGAAAGGCAAAAGCAGGUACCUGUUUGCAGUGACAGGAAAUGGAUUAGCCAACCAGGGCAACAACCCAGAGGUCCAGGUUGAUACCAGCAAACCAGACAUACUGAUCCUUCGUCAAAUCAUGGCUCUUCGGGUGAUGACCAGCAAGAUGAAGAAUGCAUACAAUGGGAACGACGUGGAUUUCUUUGAUAUCAGUGAUGAAAGUAGUGGAGAAGGAAGUGGAAGUGGCUGUGAGUAUCAGCAGUGCCCUUCGGAGUUUGACUACAACGCCACUGACCACUCUGGGAAGAGUGCCAAUGAGAAAGCCGACAGUGCUGGUGUCCGUCCUGGGACACAGGCCUACCUCCUCACUGUCUUCUGCAUCUUGUUUCUGGUUAUGCAGAGAGAGUGGAGAUAAUUCUCAAACCCUGAGAAAAAGUGUUCACCAUCAGAAAGUUAAAAGGCACCAGUUACCACUUUUCUACCAUCCUAGUGACUUUGCUUUUUAAAUGAAUGGACAACAAUGUACAGUUUUUACUAUGUGGCCACUGGUUUAAGAAAUGCUGACUUUGUUUUUUCAUUCAGUUUUGGGAGGAAAAGGGACUGUACAUUGAGUUGGUUCUUGCUCCCUCAAACCAUGUUAAACGUGGCUAACAGUGUAGGUACAGAACAAUAGUUAGUGUGCAUUUGUGAUUUUAUCACUCUGUUGUUUGUUUGUUUCUCAUUUCGUUUUGGGUUUUUUUUUUUCCAACUAUGAUCUCGCCUUGUUUCUUACAAGCAAACCAGGGUCCUUUCUUGGCAUGUAACAUGUACGUAUUUCUGAAAUAUUAAAUAGCUGUACAGAAGCAGGUUUUAUUUAUCAUGUUAUCUUAUUAAAAGAAAAAGCCCAACUAGCAGUAACAUUUCCAUUUCUCCCUGUUAUUUUAGUUGCCUUAUCUGGAGAGACGUGGAGGUGAUUUCGUUUUUUUUUUAAUUGUUAUUAAGUUAGGAGAGAAUGUGAGGGCACAAGCAGGCUUCUGAGCCACUUGUCAGAUUGUAUUCAAAGGAUCAGUCCAAGAAGAAGGUUAUAUGUACUUCAUUUAUACCUGGUAAUUGGAAGAGACUGCAGACUACUGCUUUGAAUGAGUUGAAUUACAUAAGCUAAGAUUACUAUAGGUUCAUUUCUUGAACCCACUUAUACUUAAAAUGUAACCCAUUUAGAAAAAGAUUCUAGAUAUCAUCCCCCUUGACAGAUAGAAGGCAUUCAGGAUAUCCCAGUUACCACAUGUUCACACUUGGGUUUGGGGGUGUUUUUAAAACCAGGCAGGUUAGCUAGUCCACCGUGUGCUAGUUUUCAUGUUCACAUUGACUCUGAAUUAAUAUCCCAAUGGCAGCAGUAAGUGACUUACAAUCUCAUUUGAUCCCCCUUGUUAGAGUGGUUCAGAUUUCAAACCCACCUCUGUACAGGGAGCUGUCUGGGAGCUAGCCAGAACUAAGGUACAGCCUGGGCUCAGGGAAUAACUGUCAACACUUGGGCAAAGUUUUUGUCUGUGCAUGUAUAUCUGCAUUUGUUUUGGGAACCCAGUAUUUGUUUUAAGAGAGUAUAAGGUGUCUCGUUUGAGUCUUUUUCUCACCCAGCCCCCCUGUUAUCAGUAAAACAAAGGAAUUGCCAUGGUUCACUGCAAUGUUUAUCCAUCCAAGGUAUCAGCCAAGGAGCCCACUUAGGGGAGAAUUAGGUGUCCCGAUUUUUGUAUGUGUUGUUUUUCUUGGGGGGUGGGGUGGGGUGGGAGUAGGUAGAGCUGAGAAGACUACAUCUUAGCAGUGACCUUUAGCCACGUGGGUGAACUGGCAAAGGCCAUGGCCAUAUCUGUUGUCCCAGGCCAAAGACUAACAACUGCCUUGGCCCCUUGGGAACCCCUGCCUUGUGUCCUUACCAAAUGAUAGCUCAUAAAACUCUGAGAAUGUAACAAAUCACUUUCAAAGGAGUUCCCAGAAGUCUUCAGAAAGACUGAAAUUCUGCAAGUCUCUUCCUGCUUUAGACAGCCAUUAAGAUCCCAACUGAUUUUACUGAACCCACAAAGAGGUUGUUUGUGUUAUUGUUCAAUUUCAGUUGUAAGAGUAAUUCUCUAUUUUUAUAUUGAAACAUAAUUACUUGAUAGCUCAGGGUCUACAUUUCAUUCAACUUUUUACACCAAAUUCUGCAGAGUGGUCAAAAUGGAAUAUUGGGGGCUGUUGUAAACAGAGGCUUAAUUUUAUUAGAAGUAGUCAGUUAUUUAUUAAAGCAUGAUGUUAAUAAAAUAGGCAUAUUCUGGCUGGUUCGUAUAAGUGGUUUUUUUUUUUUUUAAACGAAUCACAGAAGACAUAAAAUUGAAAAGGCACUCCAUUUAUAUAUGAGGAAAAAUAGAUUGUAAAUAGCUACGGGGCCUUGUGAGAACUUGGAAAAUGUGCUGAUACUUAGUAACUACCUCAGUUGUGAGGAAUUUCCUUUUUAGCUUAGACUGCUAUUACUUUUACUUGGUAGAAAUGAAUCUGGUCUCCAAAAUAUGGCUCAGAGAGUUAUCCCCAUAGACCUUGUUAGAUUGUUUUUAAUUUAAAACCUUGAAUUCUGCCCAGCUGUUUUCUUUCAGUCAGGUUCUCUAAACCAGUAACAUUUUCCUAAUUAAAUAUUCUUGAAGGUUCUUCUGGACUCUUACUGAAUUGUUUUCUUUCUUUGCAUUUUUUCCUGUUACUCUUUUAUUAUUUAAAUUGUCUCUUGCUUUUGAACUUGAACUAUGAAAUAAACAAAUCAUAGAUUUUUCCAUUCA